CGCAUCCAAAUUCAAAAUCCGAAGCACCAAGCCAACACCAUCCUCCAAAUAAAGGCCAAAGCCGUAGUCAUCAACAGAUCCCGUACGUUACCUUCCUCGUCUCCCACCUCCAAUCUCUCCAUCUCCAUCUCCAUCUUCUUCCUCGAGGAUGGCCCUCCUCACGGAAGAGAUGAAGACCAAAGCCGAGGUCUACCACGGCGACGAGAUCUGCCGUGAGAAGCUCAACCUCCUCCUGGCGGAGAUCGGCCUCCCCAACGGCAUCGUCACCGCGUCCCAGGAGAUCGAGGAGUACGGGUACGUCAAGGGCGUGGGGCUGGUCUGGCUCAAGCACCGGAAGAAGGCCGAGCAGAAGGUGGCCGACAACGUCGUCGUCUCCUACGACACCGUGGUGUCGGCCUAUGUCGAGCCCCACCGGAUCCGCAAGCUCCGUGGGGUGAAGGCCAAGGAGUUCCUCAACGUCUGGGUGAAGCUGACCGAGAUCCAGGUCGAAGGAAGGGGCGGCUCACCGGCCACGGCCGAGCUCACGAUCACGUUCAAGACCCCGGUGGGGAUCUCGCGGUCCUUCCCGGUCUCGGCCUUCGAAUAGCAACGGCAGCAGCGGCGGCAAAGACGGUGAGAAUUGGUUCGAAUUGGGUAAAGUUGGAUCAUUGAUAAUUUGUAUAAAAAGAAGGUGCCCAAUAACAUAUGAUCUUAAUUUGAUUUAUUAAAAGGACUUUUGCAGCC